AUGUCUAAAACAAACAAUGUUAUGGUUAUGCCUAAAGAUGUUCCCACUGAUUUUAUAAGUGGUGUUCAAGAGGCAACAAAUAUUAUGGAGGAGCAUGUUGGAAGUCAUCCUAAUGGGCGUAACACUAUGUGUGGAACAUUAGAUUACUUACCACCAGAAAUGAUUAAUGGACAAUCUUACAACAUUUUUGUUGAUAAUUGGUGCCUUGGAAUUUUGUGUUAUGAAUUUUUGGUUGGUGAACCACCAUUUUUGAGUGAUAAUCAACACGAGACUUAUAAAAAAAUUCGUACAGCUGAUAUAAUAUAUCCUCUUCAUAUUUCACCAGAAGCCAGAGAUCUUAUAUCUAAGCUUGUAAAAAAACAAAGUUCUGAAAGAAUACCAUUGUCUGCUGUCAAGAAACAUCUAUGGGUAGUUAAAAAUAAAGAGAAGGCGAAGUUAAUUUAA